AUGUCCUCAAAUUUUACGGUUUUCUCAUCUGAACCCGGUACGUGCUCAGCUCUGGAAUCUGGAUUAACUCCAUGGAACCAUGCCUCAGAUAUAUUCUCCAUGUUUGAUUCACCGGUGUGCCCCGUGGAAGUAAAUCCCGGUUUAGAGAAAACAAACUCGUGUCCAAUUCAAACCAGAAAUGAUCCCAAUCCCGGUUUGGAAGAUACUCAUCUUCCUGAUAAAGAUGAGCGGCGAAAGAAACGAAAAAAAUCAAACCGAGAAUCUGCUAGGCGGUCCAGGAUCAAGAAACAAAAACACCUAGAAGAGGUGAGAAGCCAACUUAACCAGCUCAAUACUGAAAACCGGGACCUAGUCAACCGGCUUCGGUACUUUAUGCACCAUUGUCAACACGCAAAGAUGGAAAGUGAUCGUCUAAGAUUGGAACAUAAAGUUCUCCUAGAUAAGCUGUUGAACUUACGACAAGCUUUGGUGCUGAGACAAGUCCAGCAGAGCUCAACAUGUGCAUGCGUUGAGAGUACCGUUGUAACGGUCUAUCAUCAGAAUCCGUCAAUGAUAUGA